ACGAAAAGAAGCGCUUCGUUUGAACAAUAUUGGGAUGUCUAGUAAUCAUUAAAGGGCAUGGAAAAUGCCACCGAGUUCGUGUCGAUCGGAUGGACCUGUGAUCGGAAGGGACUGGGAUAAAAGCCAGAUUGUUGGAUUUUUGUCCGGAGCCAAGCCUAGUGCCAUCAAUUUUCAUGUUGUGGCCAUUCUUGGCAUGGCAGGAGUCGGAAAGACAACACUUGCAGGACAUGUAUUCAACGAUGAUGAUGCUGCCAUGCAACAGUUUGACCUUAAGGUGUGGGUAUAUGUGUCUGAUGACUUCAAUAUUGUGAGAGUGACAAAGGCAAUUCUCAAAUCAAUUACAUCAGAGCACUGUAAGUUGAAGGAGUUCAGUAAAGUCCAGGAUAAUCUCAAUAAGGAGUUGACGGGCAAAAAGUUUCUCAUUGUUUUAGAUGAUGUUUGGAAUACAUGUGACUACGAUAUGUGGACCAAAUUGCAAUCCCCCUUCCGUGUUGGAGCACUAGGAAGUAGGAUACUAGUGACAACGCGCCAUGAAUCAGUUACAAGAAUGAUGGGAGCCAUACAAGUUUAUAAUUUGAAGUGUAUAUCAAGUGAUGAUUGUUGGCAAGUAUUUGAACAACAUUCAUUCUUGAAAAUUAGCAACAGCAGACCACAAAAUUUGGAGUCGCUUCGGGACAAGAUUAUUGUGAAAUGCAAUGGAUUGCCGUUGGCUGCAAGGACGCUUGGUGGACUUCUACGGUGCAAAGAAAUUGGUGAAUGGGAAGAAAUAUUGGACAACAAAUUAUGGAGUCUAUCAGAUAAGAGUGGUAUUCUCCCAGUAUUGAAACUGAGCUAUCACUCUCUCCCCUCAAACCUAAAAAGAUGCUUUGCUUAUUGCUCAAUACUUCCAAAUGACUAUGAAUUCAGUGAGAAGCAGUUGAUCCUUAUAUGGAUGGCAGAGGGUUUGAUAUAG